AUGGUCACCAAAAUCUGCUCCAAAUCCGACUUCCACGCUCUAAUCCUCGUCAGCGGCGCUUUUGCGAAGCACGAAGUCAGAUCCAUUUUCGCCAAACUCAUGGCCGCCGUCUCCUACUCUCCUUCCGUCGAUUUCAUUCAGCGACACCAGAAGGUGGAGAAGAAAAAAAGGGAGUGGGUCGGUGGGACAGAGGUCGUUCAAGGCAAGGAAGAAGAAGAAGCCACCGUUGGAGAGGUAGCGUCGCGUGGAAAUCUGAUUUGCGAUUUGGGAAUCUGCUGA